CAACAACAAAAAUAACAAUCAUUAUACAAAUGUGGUAAACCGUGUAGUCAGAUAUCAAAGAAUAAAAUUAUCUGUGAUGGAAGUAAGGAGAAACCGGAAGUUGUAUUUGAAAUGGCUGGGAGAUGUAUAGACGAUUCGUGGAGUGAAUCUCAUUUAAAUGUAUCUCUACCAGAUGGUGGAGUUCUGUCAAAUAAGUUAUUAAAUCCCAUAAAAAGUGUACAAAAUUUACAAAUUUCGUCGAAAAACAAUACUAUAACAUUUGAAAGUGAUUCUUUUAAGGAUCUCACCAAGCUAGAAACGCUUGACGUUACUGAGGCUAUGUUCGAUAAUAACGAAUUGAAAGACGCUUCAAACGUGCUGUCCGCCUCGAGCUCUUUCAAGGAAAUACGAAUUAGUUCAACAUUUUCAGGCUGUUCGUGUUCGUAUUAUUCGUUAAUUGCCAAAUUUCGUUCUCUAGGAACAAAUAUUAGGGAAAAAGGGACAAAUGACUGCUUUAGUACGGAUAAAAAUGGUUCAAUUGCCAAUUACUUUUGUAGAAUGAUUGUUGAAGAGGGAAAACUUCAGCGUUUCAUAUAUUUUUUACUUACAAUAUGCCUUCUUGGUUUGUCGAUAUCAACUGUCUUUGCAACAAGUGGCCUUAGGUCAGUCUUAUCUGCUCCAUAUAGUUACACUGAAAGAAUAAACUCUGAAGAAAAUAGCCUCCGUCAACUAGAAUCCGAACAAAAAGAGCUAAUGAUUCUGAAGGAGAUAAUUGACCCCUGUAAUAGGACUAAUGAGGCAAUUAGAACCCUGAGGGCCAGAUUGAAGCAACAAGAAAAGAAUGCUGACUUCACUGCCGAAUCCCCUGUUGAUUUAACGCCUUCUAAUAGGGAAAAGAUUGUUGAGUAUGAACAUCAAAAGGAAGCACCUCUCGCCUACACAAGAACAGUUAAUCAAGAAAACCUAUAUAAUGUUGUAAGCAACGACGGUAUAGUUGUCGCUGUUCCCGAGGGAUGUAAACAAAAAUUUUGUAUCAAAUCCCCUUCGGUUAAUGUUGAACUAGGCCCCUCUGGGUGUGGCGGAACAGAGUUUCGUGUCUCUAAAUUGACAAAACCCUCAAAUAAGGCACUAAAGAAUGAAAAAGAAAUUGAGACCUUACAAACUAAGCGGAUUCGUACUAGUAAAGCGAGAAAGUCUCGUCGUAUUCGCAAGAAAAAAAUAAACCGUCAGAGUGUAUCCUUCAAUGACAAAGGUGAGCAUUGGGCGGAAUUUGAUCGUCAAGGCACAUCGUCUCAAUUUGCGAGUAGAGGUCAACUCUCACAAAAACUAUAUGGUGUUAUGAAAAGAAUGUCGGAAGAGGAUGAACUUAACUCUUCUAAAAACAAUUACUAUUUGCCGGAACAUAUGGAUGCUUCCUUUGAUCAAGAUCAGAGGUGGCAAAGGGGAUGAGCUGCUUUAAAUAACCAGCUAUUUAAGAUAUUUUCUUAAUCGUCCGUAAUAGCCUUGUUAAAUCUGAGAUAAUAAGGAAACCAGGUCAAUGAGGAUGGGAAGAGGUAUAAUAGCGUAACUGCAUUAGCGACUAAAAGGAGAGGCCAUAAUAUUUGCAAGUAAUUUUUAAGUAUGCUUAUUUUAUAUUAUUU